UCCACUCCAUUCCACUUCAUUUCCUGGCCACAGCGGCGUGCCACAUUCCUCCCUCUGGGCGCACUCCCUUCUCCUUGUGUUUUCUUUUUCUGUACAACAGUCUUUUGAAACGCAUCACCGGACAUGUUCUGUUAAUCGCGCAGUCCGAAACUUUCGGGAAAUGCGACGUUCACCUUUUUUUGUCACACUUAAUUCAUGGAGAAACUAAGUGGCGGUAGUUGUUGUUCUUUUCUUUGACUUUUGGCAUCCAGUUUUUUUUUUUUCUUCGUUUUGUUGUUUUUCUCUCAUGUGGACAACUUUCAUCGUGCGGCCUGUCUCGAGGGAGUCAUGGCUUUGCUGGGGUGACUCCGGGCUUCCCUGGGUUUUUCGACCCCCAUCCCCGGGGGCGCGCACAGUUUGGUUGGGGGUCUCGAGCAAGUGGCGCAACCCUUGAGGACUCGGGGACACGCGUUACGGUGGAUCCUUGGAAAACUUAACAUUUUUCUGCUCCUAAUCAGUCCGAGCGGUUCGGGGGCGGCGGGCAUCUCGCUCACAGACAUGGCCCUCAGCGCUGUUGUUGGCGCGCGCAUGGAUAUUUGAAUGAAAGUGGGAAAAGUUGUGUUAUUAAACUAAAACAGUAAAAGUGCUGGUUUUUGAAAACGUAACCGUGACAAGUAUUUCAUAAUAAAGACGGAAUCGAGAAGCCUGGGAGCGGAGAUGCCGCAGCUAAACGGUGGUGGUGGUGGUGCCGGGGACGAGCUCGGGGCUAAAGACGAGCUCAUCUCGUUCAAAGACGAGGGCGAGCAGGAGGAGAAGAGCGUGGGCAGCACGGCGGCGCGCACAGACCUGGACGAGGUCAAGUCGUCGCUCGUGAACGAGUCCGAGAACCAUGGCUGCAGCAGCUCCUCCGACUCGGAGGUACCGGCGUGGCCGUGCGGAGGGACCACAGACAGGCAGCCCCAGAACAGACCGGAUUUGGAGAGCAGCGACAAGCACAGAGAUCACUUCGCUGAAGCGCUGAGGAGACAGCAGCCGGACGGUGGUCUUUUCAGAGCGCCCUCGUACCCGGCUGGGUACCCGUUCCUUGUACUCCCCGAGCUCGCGGGACCCUACCUGUCCAGCGGAGCGCUUUCCCCCACGGCUCGCACGUACCUCCAGAUGAAGUGGCCCCUCCUGGAUGUCCCGAGUACAGCGGCCCUCAAAGAUGCCAGACUACCUUCUCCGGGGCCCCUGUCCAACAAGAUUCCAGUCGUGCAGCAUCCCCACCACAUGCACCCGCUGACUCCGCUCAUCACCUACAGCAACGAACAUUUUUCCCCAGGGACGUCACCUGCUCACCUCUCCCCGGAGAUCCUUGACUCCAAGACAGGCAUUCCACGGACAGCCCACCCCUCAGAGUUGUCACCAUACUACCCCCUCUCACCUGGAGCAGUGGGGCAGAUCCCUCAUCCCUUGAGCUGGCUGGUACCACAACAAGGCCAGCCCAUGUACUCCAUCCCUGCUGGUGGAUUCAGGCACCCCUACCAGACACUUGCCAUGAACGCAUCCAUGUCCAGCCUGGUGUCCAGCCGCUUCUCCCCUCACGUAGUGCCCCACCCUGCCCAUGGCCUGCAGCAUACAGGCAUCCCUCACCCAGCCAUCGUAUCACCCUCCAUAAAGCAGGAGCCAGGCACUGAGAGCGCUGGCACAAGCCCUGUUGUGCAGCCAAAGUCUCCAGGGCCUUUGAAGAAGGAAGAGGAAAAGAAGCCCCAUAUCAAGAAGCCUCUAAAUGCCUUCAUGCUAUACAUGAAGGAGAUGAGAGCCAAAGUAGUGGCUGAGUGCACGCUAAAGGAAAGUGCUGCAAUCAACCAGAUCCUGGGCAGGAAGUGGCAUUCCCUGUCACGGGAGGAACAGGCCAAGUACUAUGAGCUGGCCAGGAAGGAGAGGCAGUUGCACUCUCAGUUAUACCCGGGCUGGUCUGCACGUGACAACUACGGAAAGCGCAAGAAGAGGAAGCGAGAUAACAAGCAGGCCGACUCAACCUUGAGAGACAACAUCCUGUCCCAGAGCAAGAAGCCCUGCAUACCUUACUUGCCCCCUGAGAAGACAUGUGACAGCCCUUCAUCGUCCCAUGGCAGCAUGCUGGACUCCCCGGCCACGCCCUCCACUGCCCUGGCCUCUCCAGCUGCACCUGCUGCCACCCAUUCUGAGCAGGCCCAGCCCCUGUCACUUACCACAAAGCCCACCCACUGCUCCCUUCCAGUAAAGACUUCUGGCUUCUCUACCUCUGGCCCAUCUUCAAGCCCUGCCUCCUCCCAGCCCGGUGUCUCUCUCCCAAUUAGUUCCCCAGGCACCCAGACCACACCCCAUAUUUCCCGGCCAAUUUCCUUCACCUCUCUUCCCCCUUCAGUGCUGUCUUUCCCUGCUUCUUUCCAAAAAGCAGCGAUUCAUUCGCAUCAUGCAAUACUUCAGUCCCAGCCCCUGUCUUUGGUUACAAAAUCAGCUGAGUAAUUUUUUUCUACAGUUCUGAACAAUGCUUUC